AUUUUUAGAACAGGAAGGAACCCUUAUUUAAAAUAUUAAAAAGACCCCAACUUGAUAUUUAAAAAACCCAACAUAUCUAUCUAUAUACACCAUAUCAGAACACUUGAACCACAUCAUCAUCCAUACCAUCAAAUCCUAAAGCACAUAACAACUGAAAAAACAAACACCUCUCUAUCUUCUUUGUUUGGUUUGGCAAUGGAUCUAGCCAAACACACAAGACUUCAAAUAUUGGGAUGCAUACUCAUGGCAUCACUUGCAUUAACAAUGGCUGAUACACCCCCGGGUAUAGCCAAGAACCCAAGCCACGCAACAUGUAAGAUCAAGAAGUACAAACAUUGCUACAACUUGGAACAUGUUUGUCCCAAGUUCUGCCCUGACUCUUGCCAUGUCGAAUGUGCUUCUUGCAAACCCAUAUGUGGCCCCCCUUCCCCUGGCGACGAUGGUGGCGGCGAUGACAGUGGUGGUGAUGACGGUGGAUACACUCCACCUCCAACACCUUCCGUGCCAAGCCCUACUCCACCAGUUUUACCAUCGCCUCCAACUCCUACACCGUCUGUUCCAAGUCCCACUCCACCAGUUUCACCACCACCUCCUACUCCUACACCGUCCGUGCCAAGUCCCACCCCACCAGUUUCACCACCACCUCCGACUCCUACACCUUCUGUGCCAAGUCCCACACCACCAGCUCCUACUGAUCCUAUGCCAAAUCCCCCUCCCCCAGUUUCACCACCGCCUCCAACUCCUACACCGUCUGUUCCAAGUCCUCCUGAUGUUACUCCCACUCCUUAUGUUCCCCCGCCAUCAGACAACGAGGAAGGAGCAGGAGUCAGAAGGGCCAGAUGCAAGAAGCAAGGCUCUCCAUGUUACGGAGUUGAGUACACUUGCCCUGCCGAUUGUCCCCGUUCUUGUCAAGUCGAUUGUGUCACUUGCAAGCCUGUUUGCAAUUGUGACAAGCCAGGAUCUGUUUGCCAAGACCCACGUUUCAUCGGAGGAGAUGGUCUCACCUUUUACUUCCACGGCAAGAAAGACUCCAACUUCUGUCUUAUUUCUGAUCCUAACCUUCACAUCAACGCACAUUUCAUCGGUAAACGUAGAGCUGGUAUGGCACGUGACUUCACAUGGGUCCAAUCCAUUGCCAUACUCUUCGGCACUCACCGUUUAUACGUCGGAGCCCUCAAGACUGCCACGUGGGAUGAUUCUGUUGACCGGAUUGCCGUCUCUUUCGACGGAAAUGUUAUCUCACUUCCUCAGCUAGACGGUGUCAUGUGGACUUCUUCACCUGGAGUAUACCCUCAUGUCUUUGUCAGGCGAGUCAACGCUGACACUAACAACCUCGAGGUUGAAGUAGAGGGUUUGCUUAAGAUCGUAGCAAGAGUGGUGCCAAUAACAAUGGAAGAUUCAAGAGUCCAUGGCUACGACGUGAAGGAAGACGACUGUCUAGCUCACCUUGACCUAGGCUUCAAGUUCCAAGACCUUAGUGACAAUGUUGAUGGUGUUUUGGGACAGACUUAUAGGUCUAACUACGUUAGCCGAGUUAAGAUCGGAGUCCAGAUGCCUGUGAUGGGUGGUGACAGAGAAUUUCAGACCACCGGACUUUUUGCACCUGACUGUUCAGCCGCAAGGUUCACCGGUAACGGAGGCAGCAACGGUGGCCAGAACAAACUGGAGCUCCCUGAGAUGAGUUGUGCCAGUGGCAUAGGUGGCAAGGGAGUGGUCUGCAAGAGAUAGACACUCCUGAUUUUAUUACUACUAUAUAUACCAUUAUACAAUUUGGUAAAGACUAUAAUACUAUAACCUAAUAAAAUGGGUAACAUGGUUGUUUUUUUUCCUAUAACAAUAAUAUCAUCGAGAAAGGAAACAUGUAAUGAAAUGAUAUACAUGUACUUUUAUUUUUCCUGAAUUUAUUAAAAUGUGAAAUUAUAUUAAUUUUCUU